AUGGAGACAGAAGAAGGAGAAUCAAAGUCUGCCGAGGAAAAGGAACCUAUGGCAGCUACCUCCAAAAUCGAGGAGAAGGCUCUCACCAAGACUAUGACUGAAGAGCCAAAAACUCAAGUGCCCCUCAAGAGGGCCGAACAGGGUGAGAGACACCCCAAGGUAACUGUCGAAGAGGUUCCUGAUGAGAAAGAUGACACCUCCUUCCUCUGGAGCCAUGCAGAGCCUCUCAAAGCCAAACUGAUAGUCCUACCAGCCAAGCUCAGAGAAGAGCACCUGGCUCUCCCGACCAAAGUCCAUGAAGCACUCGUGCAGCUGGAAAACCCAAUGGUUAACAAGACCAGAUAG